AUGGCAGGUCCCAAAUUCAUCAUUGUUAUUGCCCCCACCGUCACCGUCAUUGCCAUCGCCGUCGCAGUCGCAGUCCGAUCUCCCUCCUCCCUCCUCUCCCCAUCCCACUCCUCCCCACCUCCCUUCUGCACAACCUGCAUGGCCUGGGUACUCCCCAUACUCCCCACACUCCGCUCACUCCUCUCACUCCCCGCACUCUUCUCACUCCUCCCACUCCUCUCACUCCUCACACUUCUCUCACUCCCCACACUCCCCAUACUCCCCACACUCCCCAUACUCCCCACACUCCCCAUACUCCCCACACUCCCCAUACUCCCCUUACUCAUCCUCUUCACGAACACCCACGACAUGCAGUGCUGCAUAAUUGAGCUGGCCCAAGCCCAAGCCCAAACCCAACCCACACCUGAGCCCAAGGUCAGUCCCAGGUUGAACGACGUCGAUGACAGAUGGGGUGGGGGUGCUGGGGGUGCUGUGGGGAUGCUGUGGGGGAUAUUUGAGAUGAAGAAGGAGAAUGAGAAGAAGAGGUGGUAG